AUGGGAAGCUCGGUAACGCCAAUAGAUUACUACGUUGAACAAAUUCUAGCUCAAAUGUUCACAAACGAGCGCAGCAGAUGUACCAUUUCGUGCAAGAGUGGGAGCGUUUCUUUUGUGCUGGAACUGUUGAGAAUCGAAGACAACGAGUAUUAUUUCACCAGAAGUUCAGCGCAGAUGCUAACGCUCGCUAAACAGUACAAAGAAAACGGAGUUAAAUGCUUCGCGAAAUAUCCGCUACUUGCGCAUCAGUUCUUCAACCGAGCGGCCAAGUGCCUUCUUUCGUUCGCCCCUCUCGAGUACUUGGAUCCGGCGAUCGAAGGCGCCGACAUGAUCGCCAGCAUACAAUCUCUGCUAGAAACACUAAACCUCAAUAUCGCUGCCUGUCUCCUAAAGCAGAACCGGUUCGACGAUGCGCUUCACAUGCUGGAGUACGUCGACCGACAGAACAAUCCCUCGCCCAAGGCCAUCUACCGCAAAGCGCUGGCCCAAUUCCACGUCAAACAAUAUACCGAAGCGGUCAAAACGCUGCAGCGAAUCGAUUACGCGACCAACAAGGAGUGCUCUACAUUAUACGCGAAUAUAGUGACCAACUUGGAAAAAGAAAAAGAAAAGUACAACAGCAUGGUUCGCAAAAUGUUUGGCUGA